GAGCGAGCAGGCGAGCGCAGACCCCAGGAGCUGAGAAUAGCCCAGGGCUGGGAUCCCGGGGUCCUUCUCUGGCCGCUUCGCAAAGUGGGCUCCCUAGCCUCGUGCUAGCCCGGAGAGCGCUCCGAUCCGCUGGGCGCUGUGCUCGCCGCUCCCCAACCGGCCUGGGCAGCAGGGCACUCAGGGUGCGCCCGACAAGCGCCCCAGGAGGUGAGCAGUAGCUGCGGACAUCUGGCGGGUGCUCAGCCAAGACCUGUAGGGCUGGGGGCGUCCGAGUCCAAGGGGGACGGCGGGUCCCCAUUGGGCACCCACUCCCGGGCGGCGUGCGCGCAGGAGCAGCGGCGGUGGCCGUGCCCCCGGCAGGACUUCGGCACAGCUUCUCAAGGGUGCGACCCCUAAGCGCGCCCGCCGCGCGACAUGAGGGUGCGGCCGCAGGUCUGCGAGGCACUGCUCUUCGCCCUGGCACUCCAGACUGGCAUGUGCAUCAAAUGGCUGGCACUAUCCAAGACACCAGCAGCCCUGGCGCUGAACCAGACGCAGCAUUGCAAGCAGCUGGAGGGCCUGGUGUCUGCGCAGGUGCAGCUCUGCCGCAGCAACCUGGAGCUCAUGCACACCAUCGUGCAAGCCGCCCGUGAGGUCGUGAAGGCCUGCCGCAGGGCCUUCGCAGACAUGCGCUGGAACUGCUCCUCCAUUGAACUCGCCCCCAACUACCUGCUUGACCUGGAGAGAGGGACCCGGGAGUCAGCCUUCGUGUAUGCACUGUCAGCAGCCGCCAUCAGCCACACCAUUGCCCGGGCCUGCACCUCCGGCGACCUGCCUGGCUGCUCCUGCGGCCCCGUCCCAGGUGAGCCACCCGGGCCUGGGAACCGCUGGGGAGGAUGUGCGGACAACCUCAGCUACGGGCUCCUCAUGGGGGCCAAGUUUUCCGAUGCUCCUAUGAAGGUGAAAAAAACAGGAUCCCAAGCCAAUAAACUGAUGCGUCUACACAACAGUGAAGUGGGGAGACAGGCCCUGCGUGCCUCUCUGGAAAUGAAGUGUAAGUGCCACGGGGUAUCUGGCUCCUGCUCCAUCCGCACCUGCUGGAAGGGGCUGCAGGAGCUCCGGGAUGUGGCCGCUGACCUGAAGACCCGCUACCUAUCAGCCACCAAGGUAGUGCACCGACCCAUGGGCACCCGCAAGCACCUGGUGCCCAAGGACCUGGAUAUCCGGCCUGUGAAGGACUCGGAGCUCAUCUAUCUACAGAGCUCACCCGACUUCUGCAUGAAAAACGAGAAGGUGGGCUCCCAUGGGACGCAAGACAGGCAGUGCAAUAAGACAUCCCAUGGCAGUGACAGCUGUGACCUCAUGUGCUGUGGACGCGGCUACAACCCCUACACAGACCGCGUGGUCGAGCGGUGCCACUGCAAAUACCACUGGUGCUGCUACGUUACCUGCCGCAGGUGUGAGCGCACAGUGGAGCGCUAUGUGUGCAAGUGAGGCCCCACCACGCCCCGUGGGAGCUCAGACGCCGCUCACCGCUCCUCGGGGACCCGACCGAGGGGCCUGGAGACACCCCAGGGAUUUUGCUUGUGAAUUCCCAGUGCCGGGUGUGGGAGCCAACUUGUGCUUUACCUCCACUUGGAAGCCACCAGGAACAGAAGUCCUGGCCACCCUGGAAGGAGGGCUGGGACAUCAAAGGAAACCGACAAGAUUAAAAAUAACCUGGCAGCCCCAGCACUGGAGUGCCCUCUUGCUGCCUCCCAGGCUGGUCUGAGAAGCCAGGGGCAUGGGUUUGGCCAAACUGGUAUGGACAUGAUCCUUCCCAGCCAGAGACAGCGGCCUCCCAGGGAGGGGGCGUGGGGGGUGGUCUGCCUGCCCUUGUCAGAACGUUCUGCAGGCUCAGGCCUUGAGACCCCCCAGCACACCCUGGGGUCUGAGCCUGCCGGGCUCACCACAUGGAACCACUAGCUUGGGUUGUAAAUGUUUUUCUGUUUUGUUUUUUUCUUCUGGGAUGUGGGAGCUACAGAAAUAUUUAUGAAACAUAGCUUUUUCUUUGGAGGUGGCUUGCUCAGUUUCUCUUUAUAUAUUUUAUAUAAAUAAAUAAAUAAAUAUAUAUAUAUAA